AUGGCGGCACAAGCUCAAAUAUCUUCUUUUGACCAAGAGACCCCUGAUUCACCUCGAGCAUCAAAAAUACCCUUGAAAUGGAUUAUAUUUGGAGUUAUUUUCUACAUAGCUUCUUUACUUACUGUCGGUCUACUAGCCGGUUUACUUCCGAAACGUGUUCAACAAAUACAAGUCAUAGGUACACCUGAACCAGAAAAACCGUCAACUAUCUCACAACCAACGCAAAGAACGUCAGUAUCCACACCCUUACCGUCAACCGACGACAACGUCAGUACCGACAUCUUUACUGUCACCCCGUACUAUGAACCGUGUAACGUAACAAACUUUCAAUGUUCACUCCCUAGUGAAUGUGAUAACCGUUUACCAGAAGGAAUUUUACCACUUCAUUACGAAUUAGAAUAUACAAUUGAAAGUAUGACACAAACAACUUUUAAAGGAUCAGUUAAAAUACAUUUUAAAUUGAAACAACCUUUAAAACGUCUAGUAUAUCACGUGAAACGAAUGACCAAACUAUGCCUACCCAUUCUUAAAUAUGGAGAUGUAACAGAGGAUGUAAAUAUGUCACUUUGUUUGCAGAACGAAUGUGUUAUUCUAGAAAAACAUUCUGGUAAAUUAUUUACAGAAGAUGAUACAAUAAAUUAUACUCUCUAUCAAGAUUUUGAAAGUAAUUUGAAUGAUGGCAAUGUGGGAUUUUAUCAAAGUGAAUUUAAAGAUACGAAUGGUGAUAGGAAGCUUUUGGCAACAAAAUUUCAACCAACAGAUGCGAGAAAAGCAUUUCCAUGCUUUGAUGAACCAAAAUUAAAAGCAACAUUUAAAAUAACAAUUAUCCAUCCACAAAAUACAAUUGCAUUAGCUAAUUUUCCUGAAGAGAGUUCGGAAAAUCAAGACAGUUUAAAACGAACAACAUUUCAAGAAACAUUCAAAAUGAGUACUUAUUUGGCUGCUUGGGCUGUGGUUCCAAGUGACUUUGGUAUGCAAUCGAUAGUACAUGAAAAUCGAUUACUUCGCAUAUGGGCGAGAAAAGGGCCAACAGAUAAAAACCAAACAUUAUUUGCCUUGGAAGUUGCUCGUGAGGCAGUUACUUAUUUUAGCGAAUAUUUUAAUAUGAUUGACGCGUUACCACCCAAAAAAAUUGAUUUAUUGGCUGUUCCAGAUUUUGCGAGUGGGGCUAUGGAAAACUGGGGUUUAAUUUCAUUUAGGGAAGAUCGACUUAUAUUGGAUGAAAAAUAUGGUGCAGCUCAACAAAAACAAACAAUGGCAGAAACCAUAUCUCAUGAAUUAGCACAUUUUUGGUUUGGAAAUUAUGUAACGUGUGAAUGGUGGGAUGAUCUGUGGUUAAACGAAGCAAUGGCAACAUGGCUCUCUUACAAGCCAUUAAUUAAAAAUCAUUCAGAGUGGCGUAUGGAUUUGCAAGCAUUAACAGAAGAUGUCAUUGGCGUUAUGUGGGAUGAUGCUAAACCAAGUUCACAUCCAAUAUCAGUUCAAAAUGUUACUACAGCUGCUCAAAUAACAAGUUUAUUUGAUUCUAUCACCUAUUCUAAAGGAGCUAGUAUUUUACGUAUGUUAGAAAAAAUUGUAGGUGAGAAUAAAUUUCGAGAUGGAUUAAGAACUUAUUUGAGUCAAAAUGCAUUUGACGUUGGAAAUCCAGACAAUUUCUAUAAUGAUUUUACAUUUCCAAAUUCUCUUACUGGUAAAGACUUGAUGAAUAAUUGGUUAGAUGAAUUAAAUUAUCCAUUACUAAAUGUACAUAUGACAGUAAAUGACAACGGUACGAUAUUAAAUUUUACUCAAAGUCGAUUUUUAAUAUCAGAUGCACUGGAUUCUUCAAAUUUAAAUCAAAGUUAUAGAUGGAUAUUAUAUAUCGAAUGCGUUUUAGGUGGUAAUCCUAUUAAUGGUAUUCAUACAUCCAAUAUCGAAUCACUUCCAUCCUUCUAUUUCUCAACACAACAAGAGAUCCAAACACUGAAUAAUAAAUAUUUUACGUGGAUCAAGUGUAAUAGAAAUUUUACUGGAUUCUACGUGACUAGCUAUAGUUAUACAGACAAAAAUUCUACAACAGAAGCAUCAUCAAAUCAAAUGUGGAAACAUUUUGAAAGUGUAUUACUGGAUGCACCAGAAUAUUUUUCUGAUGAAGAUAAAACAAAUUUAAUACAUGACGCAUUUUUAUUGAGUUAUAAAGGUGUUAUCGAAUAUGAAGCACCUUUGAGAAUAGUGAAAACACUUCGAACAACAAAUAACAAACAAUAUGUACUAUGGAAAACAUUUCAAUGGCAUUGGGAUAAUUUGGCGAAUGUAAUGGAACAUCGAGAAAAGUUUAACCUUUUUCAAAUAUUCUUAAUCAAUCAAAUUCUUCCAAGUGAUGGUUCAAUCACACUAGAUAAUAUCGUAGCACCUGCAACGGAUCAUAAUGAAAGAUUAUUACGAGCACUACAAUUUAGUAGUCUAUGUCGUAUGAAUAGCACGGAUGCAUUGAAAAAAGCCAGUGAACUAUUCAAAAGCAUUCCUCUAAGUUAUUUUCAAAACAAUGAUAAUGUCAGUUUGAAUAUUAGUGAUGAUUUUCUAUCAACAGUUUAUACAUGUCACAUUCGAAAUACAAAUAAUGAUGACGACUGGGAAACAUUAUAUAAGUAUUAUCAACUUGCUCUAUCACCGCAAGAACAACUACGAGCAUUAAAUGCAAUUAGCAAUUCAAAGAAUACUGUUAAAUUGCAACGAUUAUUGCAAGAGGGCUCGGCUAAUUCGAGUAUAUUCAAAAUACAAGACUUUUUUAGUAUGUUUUCUUCUAUAUCGCACAAUCCUACAGGCCGAUCGAUUGCAUGGAAUUUUUAUCGUGAUCAUUUUCAAGAAUUGAUUGACAGGUUUGGUAUAGAUAAUCGUCGAUUAGGUACAUUAGUCUUGAGUAUUGCACGAUCGUUUGAUAGUGCUACUCAUAUUAAUGAGGUAAUUAAACAAACAUGCUUAGAGUGAUAUAUUUUUUCUCUCAAUGUGUCUAUUUAUGCCAGAUGGAAGAAUUUUUUGACAAAUAUCCCAUCAGUGGAGCAGGUGCAACAGCUCGAAAACAAGCAGUGGACUUGGUGAUGAUGAAUGGCGAAUGGGUAAAAAACAGAGAAGACAAUUUGCUUCUAUAUACACAGAUAUAGCCAAAAAUAGUCAAUAUAAUAUCGAUCAAAAGAAAUAACUUCGGUAAAACUGAUAUAAUUAUUAUUUCUUAAGAAUAUUGAUAUAUUAACAAGAAGAAAUAGAUAUACUUUUUGAAUCGUGUGUUAUAGAUAAUUGUAUGUGCAAUCUCUCUCUCUUCCAGCUGGAUAAUUCUGUAUAAAACCAGCAAGAAAUGCUCUUCGUUUUAUGUUAUGAAUAAAAGAAUAGCGCAAAAAAUAUCGUUUUAUCACACAUGUUUGUUGUUUCUAUCUUUGAAAUCCAUAAUGAAUCUGAUCUAAACUCUCACUCUCAUGAUCUGUGCUAAACGCUCCGAAUUAUCUUCAAUCUAUUCACAUCACUGACGUUCUCACAAUAAAUACCUAAGGAUUUCAACUGACUAAACACUUGUUUGAAGAAUUUUUUAUGCGUUUUCUAGAUAAUCUAAAACUAGAGUACUCUUAAUUAGAGACACUCUUUGAAAUUUUCGUUCUCUUUUUUUGCUAUUUCUUGGCCGUCUUUGUUUUACUGCACGAGUGUAUGCAAUGGGCCCCUGUCGUUAAAAUCUAUCGCUACUACCCAUGGAAAAAAGUGAAUAAAAUAGAACGGUCAAAAACGCCUUUUUUAAAAGAAUAAAACUCACGAUCGGAAAAAGUUGCUAUUGAACAAAGUGGUAGAUCGAACAUUUUCCUACACGCACAUGUAAAAAUCUUUUGAAAAUCUCCGACCAGUUUUGAGCCAGAUCAAAAAUGCAAAGAGCUC